AUGUUCUCUAGAGGUGGAAAAUACUCGGAAGAAGAUGCAAAGGCUGUCGUGGUACAGAUUUUGAGUGUGGUUGCCUACUGUCAUCUCCAAGGUGUAGUUCACCGUGACCUCAAGCCUGAGCGGGGAAUGGUAACAACUGAUCUUCUGUUGUCUGGAGCUUCUACAAAGCAGGCCAAGUUUUUCAUUAAUGUUUUGGUAGAACCGGCAGAAGUGGCUUUGCCAAACCAACAGACUGUUGAUUACCUGAGCUUCAAGCUCGUCAUUGUUGGUGAUGUUAGAACUGGGAAAACAACUAUUGUAAAGAGGCAUCUCACUGGUGCAUUUGAGAAGAAGUACAAACCAACCAUUGGUGUCGAAGUUCACUCUUUGGACUUCUUCAUAAACUGUGGGAAAAUCCGAUUUUAUUGCUGGGAUGCGGGGCAAGAGAAAUUUGGUGGUCUUAGAGAUGGUUACUAG